ACAGAGACAUAGAUAGAGAGAGACAGAGAGAGAGAAGGUGAGAGAGUGAAAAGAGCAGAGCUGCAGAGCUCAGAUGUUGACGACUGUGAUGACUGUGAGAUACAGAACAGGGAUGGGAAGAACAUCUGAUUGAGCUCGUUUUUGUUUCCAGGUGAAUGUUAAAAGAAAGUGUAUAUUUUCUUAUUGCACCCCUUUGAGCUCUCCAGCAAAUACAGAGUUCGAUCUUUUGAACAUAAUUUCACUUGUUUUGCAUUGUCGGUGCUCUUCGCGGGAAGAUUUAGCGCUACAUCCUUGGUCUAUAGUUCUCUCUUUUGCUCACUUGGUUGUAAAUUUAUUUGUUACAUUUACCCUGAUCGUUUGAGAUUCCAGCACCAUUGGCCUAGGGUUUCUGUGAUCUGGAAAAAAUGUUUGGUCGCUCGUCGUUCUCUAGAUCCGGAAGUUUCCGGCCGGAAAACUUGGGGCAAAAUGCACUUGCAAUGAUUGGAAACCUCUGCUUCGCGCUCUUCGUACUGGGCGUCUUAAUCUUCACUAUCAUUGCUGCAACUUACCAGCCCGAAGACCCUCUUUUCCAUCCCUCAACGAAGAUUACCACUUUCCUUACGUCCACUUCCAAUGCCACCUUCAAAUCCGACGAGACUGUUGUCAAGACCGGUGAGGACUUCGUCGGUACCAAUCAGACCGAAUUUGCCACUUUCAUAAACAUUACCGACGUUGCUCUCCCUGCCGAGGAAGCUUCUCCUGAUUGUUCGGGUGACAUGGAUAAGCCGAUCGAUUGCACAGAUCCUGAGAUCUUCCAUUUGAUGAUGAGAACUGCCAUAGAAUACUUCAAGGAUAUCCAUUUCUACCGUUUUGGGAAAUCUGUUGCCGGAUCCAAUGAUAGCACUUGUGACAUGGCAUGGCGGUUUAGACCCAAGGAAGGAAAAGCUGCUGCCUUCUACAAGGACUAUCGAAGGUUCGUCAUCUCUAGGAGUGAAAACUGUAACCAUACUGUGAUUGGUAUAGGAGAAUAUCACUCGGGAUUAAAUGCCAGGAAAAAGAAGAAGCAUCAGAAACCUGGGUUUGAGAAGCAGCAGCCAAAGCAGCAAGAGACCAUCAAUCUGCCUGUGGUGGGGGAAAUUGUAAAUGACUCUCUCCCUGUUAUUGAAUCUGAAGGGUCAUUUAGCCGUGGGAGGUAUCUGGUUUACACUGGUGGUGGAGACAGAUGCAAGAGCAUGAACCAUUACUUAUGGAGUUUCUUGUGUGCCCUCGGUGAAGCCCAGUACCUGAAUCGGACAUUGGUUAUGGACUUGAAUAUUUGUUUGUCUUCAAUAUACACAGCGUCAAAACAGGACGAGGAAGGAAAAGAUUUCAGAUUUUACUUUGAUUUUGAGCAUUUGAAGGAGACAGCAUCUGUCCUGGACCAGAGCCAGUUUUGGCAGGACUGGGGAAAAUGGCAGAAGCGGGAUGGAUUGACCCUCUAUCUUGUUGAAGAUUUCAGGGUAACACCAAUGAAGCUUACUGAAGCGAGGGAUACUUUGAUCAUGAGGAAGUUUGGGUCCGUGGAGCCUGAUAAUUACUGGUAUAGGGUGUGUGAAGGAGAGACUGAGUCCGUUGUCCAGCGACCAUGGCACCUCAUCUGGAAGUCUCAACGGUUAAUGGACAUAGUAUCAGCAAUUGCUGCAAGAUCGAAUUGGGAUUUUGACUCUGUUCAUGUAGUCAGGGGAGAGAAAGCAAGAAACAAAGAACUUUGGCCAAACUUGGAAGCCGAUACUAGACCUGAAGCAAUAAUGUCAUCUCUGCAGGACAAGAUUGAGGAUGGGAGGAAUCUAUAUAUUGCCACUGACGAACCAGAUACUUCUUUCUUUGACCCUCUGAAGGACAAGUACAGCACUCAUUUCCUUGAUGAGUACAAGGAUCUUUGGGAUGAGAACAGUGACUGGUAUUUGGAGACCACAAAGCUUAAUAACGGGGUUCCAGUGGAAUUUGAUGGUUAUAUGAGGAUUUCAGUUGAUACAGAGGUAUUCUUGAGGGGAAAAAAGCAGAUUGAGACUUUCAAUGAUCUCACAAGUGACUGCAAGGAUGGAAUUAAUACAUGCCACCCCCCGACUGCUAAUGCUUAAACUGCGGUUUGUAUGCCCUGUACUGUCUAUUUCACAUUUCUACAUGUAUCUUUAAGUUGUAGGGAAGCAAAUAGAAGUAUUAACUAGUAGGAUCUUGGUAAGUUUGUUGCAAUUGCGUAAAGCACUGCAUCUCUCUGUUUACUUUGUUGUUUCUCUGUACCAAGUAAUAUGACUUGACUGCCAUUGUGUUUUUUGGUGACAAGUCAUAAAUCAUAAUUCUGUUUUUUUUUAACAUCGUUCA